AUGCUGCGCCCGACUGGCAGCCGCUGGCCGAUAGACGCCGCCGUGUCCGAGGCCUCCGCCCUUCCCUUUGGCGUGCUCAUCGCUCCCCUAGCCCCCUCGCCCAAGCCACGCUUUACCCCCUUAUCAGAAUCGGAUCUCACGGAAACUGCACGCGCCACCCACAUCGCUGCCGCUGCCCCAGGCGCCCAUGAUCUCCCGCGAUGCCGCCCGUGCGGCGGCUAUAUUUCGGCCAAGUGCAACAUGAAUGCGCGCUACUGGCGCUGUGCCUUGUGUAACGCGAAGAAUGACCUACCAUCGCGCUACUCCUCCACCGUCCUCUCAACAGCGUCGGAUGCUAUCGAGCAUGUGCCGGAGAUUUCAAGAGAUGUUUAUGAUGUGCCUGUUUUUGACAACCCCGCUACACAUGACGAAGGGGCUGUUCAGCCAGCCGCUUAUAUCUUUCUCAUCGAUGAGUCGGGCGAUCAGCAGUAUCUCGAUGCAGCGCGCACGGCAGUGAAAUCUGCUUUGGAUGUUAUUGAAGGUGAGUCCCUGGUCGGUGUCAUGUUGUACAGUGAAUACUUGAGUUUUUUAGACGUGCGAGGAGGCCAACCUCUGCUUCGCCGCGUAUCUGCGCUCGACGAUGACGUUCCCAUUCCACAAGUUUUCCCGCCAGACCAAUGGCUCAGGUUGACAUCCGGGAAAGGCGUCAACGAGGCCAUCAUCGAAGCCCUCAGCAAGCUUUCACCCACUCCGGCAAACAAACGCAUCAAACGUGCGCUCGGGCCGGCCGUGAAGGCAGUACUGGAUUUUAUCGAGAGCGCGGAACUUCUUGCGGCUCGCUGCGUUGUGAUCGGGGCGGGCGAGCCCAAUUUUGGACUUGGCGAAAUUCGAGUUCCUGAUCACAACGCUACUGUCAAGGAUAGAUUUCCGUCACCCGUUGAGCCUUUUUUCGCGGAUCAGGGUGCCAGGGCAUCGUUGCUGGGAGCUAUGAUUGAUCUAUAUUUAGUCUCGCGCAUGCCCAUUGAUGUCGCUUCCAUCUCCCCUGUGGCGCAAAUCAGCGGUGGUAGAUUAAUCUUGUACGAAUCAGGUGAGUCCAGGCUGCCACAGGACGUCUGGCAGCAUCUCAAUGAUCCAGCUGUUGUGCGAGGAUUGCUGCGGCUAAGGUGUUCCAAGGAAUUGAAAGUGUUAGAUUUGCACGGGGGCGGAGUCUAUCGCGAUUUGCAAGUUCCAGACGUUUUCCGACUCAGCUGCCAUGGACAUACAUCAACUUUAGCUGCUGAAUUGGACUUUGCGACUCCCGAGGGUCUCGUGAAGGGAUCGAGAGCUCCAUGUGUACAGGUGGCUUUUCGAGGGGUGUUCUUGGAGCCUGGUAUGUUGCCUCAGAAGGUGUUGCGGGUGGAGACACAGACAUAUCCGGCAUCUUCGUCCAAGAAAUCUAUCUGCGGGGAGGCAGAUGCUAAUGCAGUUACAACGCUUGUGUUCCACAAGGCAAUUGCAAGAGCGGAUAAACAUGGAAUCGGAGAGGCCCGAAUGCUACUCUUUGACUGGCUCGCUAACUUGUUGGCAAAGACUGCGAUUCCGUUUGCCGAUGACAAAAAGGAAUUGAGAAUUGAUCCGUCACUACUCAACUAUCCAUCUUUGAAGAUGAUUCCGCGGGUCGUCUUUGGGCUCAUACGAAGCUUUCUGUUCCGACAAGAAUCAGUUUCACCAGAUGUAAGGGCUUCAUUGCGGUGCAUAUGGGAAGACCUGAGCCCGGAACUGCUAACAGCUGCUGCAUACCCCCGGCUAUUUUCAUUUUUGAACUUAGAUGAGAAAAGCAUCAAAGCGCUUGCGUUGUCCUCUCUCGAAGUGAAACAGAGCGGACACCCGAUAUUUAUGCUCGAUGCAUUUUCAGAAGUUGUGAUCUACUACGCGCAGGCCAACCGUCGCGACCUGACGUUCCCCCCUCCUGAAUCUAGCCUGAUAAUGAGACUACGAGCAGCAAGCAUACGAGACCGACCGAUAACACCGAAGUGCAUCAUUUGCAGAGAAGGAACCUCAAAAGACCGCUGGUUUAAGUCGUUGUUGAUCGAAGACCCAGUGCCAGGGGCUGCGGCGCAAUCUUUUUCGGCAUUCAUCCAAGGCGUUACUGACUCAGCUCAAGAAUUGUUAGGAGCAACUUUACAAUAGAUAUACUAGACAAGCUUAUUCGAGAUGACCUGUUCUUUUAACUGCGGGAAAAGGGGUUUUGAAGACGCCGGCCUUUCCUCCUCGACGUAGAACGAGUAGCGGCAGGGUACAGAUGUACCGUUGUCGUCUGAGGAAUUAGAUUAUAGUGAAUAGUGUUUACGCAAACCAAUAUGGUAAAUAUUGUUGAGGGGUCCCUGUUGAAGGCCGAUUUAAUUUUUGUUUGCUUUUGAGUUUUAAAAAAACAAUUGAAAGCACACCUGUUCCCGCCGCAUUGCUGUGUUCAAAGCUCCGCAUAAAGUUGCAAAUUUCAGGAUCCAUGAUGCAAGCGUCAUCCGCCAUCUACAGCCGUACACGUGUACGUCGAUGCCACGUGCAAAUCUUUAUCUCCCCGCCAAUUACUAAGCAUAGCUCCUGGCCUCUCAAUCAAACGAAGCAGCCUGCCACGGGCUGUGGCACAAUUCUUCCGAGGUGAACACAACCACAGCUCCGUUCUCCUCCACAAUCUCGGCGUAUCUUUCCCGCUACCACUGUCCCAGACCUCCUUCCCACUUCGAUUCUCCGAGUUUCUGCCAUAGCGCACUGGUUCUCGCCAUGGCCCCAGCAUUUGUAUCAUCGCUUCCUCUCACGUCAAGCCGUACCCCAACCUUCGGCACCGCCGUCUGCGUUGCGCGGCCAAAAUCCCUCGCAGCGAAACGACCAACUGGCGUCGUGCGCAUGUCCGCUGAUGGGGGAAAGGAAAAACAGAGUCUGAUGGACUGGUUGCACGACAAGUUUAUGCACAAUGCUCUUUGGGAAGGCGAUGAGGAAGCCGGCUACGAGCUUUUCUUCAAGGCCGCCAUGGAUGCCCGUGACGAGGCAAAGAAGAAGGCGUACGCUAAGCAAGCGGAGGACAGCAAGAAUUAAGUUACAGUUUGUUGGAUGCGGAUUGUCGUGCAAUAAGAGGAAAUAACUUGUGCUCGAGCUUUCCGUUUGAAGCGGUUGAUUGGCUUUGUCGCGGGUGAGGGGCUGCAUUAUCAUGGCCGAGAGAGUCGCUUUGGCUAAUUCUAAGGGCUUGUGCUUGCUUCCUUCUGGAAAAUAUAAACACGUAUCUGUGAGCUUUUAACA